AAAGCGCGAGUCUUCCCGACCACGCCCCCACCACUUCACUCCGCCUCCGCUCCCCUUUCCUGUCGCCGCUCUGACGACACCCUGCUGCGCCUCCCUCUCCCCCACUUCACUCUCCACCCACCAGCGCCGUCCCUCCAAAACCCUAGCCGGGGAGCUCGGCCGGCCGCGGGGAGGUCGCGCGGAGGAGCUCCACCCUCGCGCCGCCGCCUGCCGCGCGUCGCCAUUCCUCGGUACUCUCCCUUGACAGGAAACCAGUGGUCACCCAGUCAACCAGUCAAAAUGCAGUUCCAGUCUGGCAACUGUGCCAAAACGUUGGCAAAAGUAGAUGGAUCUGGUGCAAAAGAUUUGUCAGUCGACCGAAGCACAUUUGGUUUUCCACAAGAUGCUAAUCAGGAAUAUUUUAACCGGGCUUGCCAGUACAGUUAUCCAGUUUCAACGCAAGGCUUUCAAGAUAAAGGAUUUGUACCAAGCGUUCCAGAUUUUGUUCUGAAUAAUGCUUCUGCUGCACUCAGGGAAUAUCAACAAUUUGACCACUUUUUCAGACCACUUCAGCCUCUAGCACCGGAUGGAAACCAGGUGCAAAAUAUUGGCAUAAAUACCGCACAUCGCAGUAGACCUUCUAAUGCAUCCUCCUGCCUUGAUCAUGUAGAAGAAAUAACUUCUCAUGACACGGACGGUUAUGACGACAGAGCUAUCUCAUUUGGGAGUAGCUGCAGCACAGGAAUUGCGUGUUAUCCAUAUAGCAGCCCUAUGCAAAGCGAUGACUGCAUUGCAGACACGCAGGAUGGGACCUGGGCUGCUCUUAUGCAAAUGCAACAGGCUUUGGAGGCGGCUAAUGAAGAGUGCAGUGACUUGACUUUCAAUAACACAGAACUUUCAGGUGGGAAUACCAUGCAGCAUCAAAUUGUUUGGGACAAUGGCUGUUUAGCAAGUCCAUCUUUCACCUCAAACUUUUUACCCUUCCCUGGAGAGGCUGAAACCACGGUCACAAAUACCAGCGAUAUGUAUAACUUACAUAACUCUGCUGAUCUCCUGUAUGAUAAUGAUCAAGACAUAUCAUCUUUUGAGCUCAAAGUGAAUGAACAGAAAGAAGCAACCACAAGCCAUGUUUGUGAACAUCGAGGUGAAAUGCAUUCUGCUGAACAGGGGGGAUAUCCUGGCCACGACGAAUCUUUUGAUUUGACAAUAAGCCAGGACAGACAGUUCAGUUCAUUUGUUAAUGGUGCAGAUGGAUCUGUAGAUAGUGAAAUGAACCUUUAUGAUUGUGAAGAGCAAAUGGAAAUUGAUUCACUCCUAAAUUCAUUUGGAGCAUCAAGUGAUACCUUUGCACAGACAUAUGAAAUGUUACAGAAAGGUGAAAAUAUUGUUGACCUUGAAAAAAAGGCUAAAUUAGCGGAAAGCAUUUCUGCUACAUUCAUCACUAAUACUGUCCCAUAUAUUACACAAGCUGGGGCGACUGAGUCAACUGUCUCUGAUGGAUCUUCUUGGACUCAACAAUAUCAAUCUACUUCCCAGUCAUGUGGUUUAUCUUAUUCUUCAGCUUCUCAAUGGGAAACCAUGCCAGGCGUGGAUGGUCAAAGGAGCCACCUAUACCGCGACGAAGCACUGGCAACCCAAGGUGUAUGGGCGGCACAUCCUGGUAUGCAGAUGCCUUUGACACAGACUACUGUUCAGCUGCCUGCUCCGUGCUUGUCCAAGGACCCCAACUCAUCAUUUAUUGGAGCAGAGGUUCAGAAGGUUGACCAAAAUCAUUCAGAUACGGAGCUUCCCUUGACACAGACUAGUCAUGUUCAGCUGCCUGCUAUGAACUUGUCCGAGUACCCGACCUCGUCAUUUGUUGGAGGAACAAAGCUUAAAAAAGUUGACAAACAUGAUUCAUAUAUGCAGCUUCCCAUGACACAUGCUAGUCAUGUUCCGCUGCCUGCUACGAGCUUAUCCGAGGAUCCGAAAUCAUCAUUUAUUGGAGGAACAGAGCUUAAGGAAGUUGACAAACAUGAUUCAGACAUGCAGCUUCCCAGGAUACAGGCUAGUCAUGUUCCGCUGCCUGCUGUGAGCUUGUCCGAGGAACCGAACUCAUCCUUUAUUGGAGGCACAGAGCUUAAGGAAGUUCAUAAACAUGAUUCAGAUAUGCCGCUUCCCAUGACACGGGCUAGUCAUGUUCCGCUGCCUGCUGUGAGCUUAUCUGAGGACACGAAAUCAUCAUUUAUCGCAGGAGCAGAGCUUAAGGAAGUUGACAAACAUGAUUCAGAUACGCCGCUUCCCAUGGCACAGGCUAGUCAUGUUCCGCUGCCUACCAUGAGCUUACCUGAGGACACGAAAUCGUCAUUUAUUGGAGGAACAGAGCUUAAGGAAGUUGACAGACAUGAUUCAGAUAUGCAGCAUCCCAUGACACCGGCUAGUCAUGUUCUGCUGCCUGCUGUGAGCAUGUCCAUGGAUCCAGAAUCAUCAUUUACUGGAGGUACAGAGCUUAAGGAAGUUGGCAAACAUGAUUCAGAUAUGCAGCUUCCCAUGACGCAGACUGUUCAUGUUCAGCUGCCUACUCCGAGCUUGUCCAAGGACUCCGAGUCGUCGUUUGUUGGAGGUACAGAGCUUAAGGAAGUCGACAAACAUGAUUCAGAUAUGCAGCCUCCCAUGACGCAGGCUAGUCAUGUUCCGCUGCCUGCUGUGAGCUUGUCCGAGGACCCGAACUCAUCCUUUAUUGGAGGUACAGAACUUAAGGAAGUCGGCAAACAUGAUUCAGAUAUUCAGCUUCCCAUGACACAGACUGUUUGUGUUCAGCUGCCUGCUAUGAACUUAUCCGAGGAUCCGAAAUCAUCAUUUAUCAAAGGAACAGAGCUUAAGGAAGUUGGCAAACAUGAUUCAGAUAUACCGCUUCCCGUGGCACAGGCUAGUGAUGUUCCCCUGCCUACCAUGAGCUUACCCGAGGACACGAAAUCAUCAUUUAUUGGAGGAACAGAACUUAAGGAAGUUGACAAACAUGAUUCAGAUAUGCAGCCUCCCAUAACACUGGCUAGUCAUGUUCCACUGCCUGCUGUGAGCUUGUCCGAGGACCCAAAAUCAUCAUUUUCUGGAGGUACAGACCUUAAGGAAGUUGGCAAACAUGAUUCAGAUAUGCAGCUUCACAUGACGCAGACUGUUCGUGUUCAGCUGCAUGCUCCGAGCUUGUCCAAGGACUCUGAGUCGUCAUUUGUUGGAGGAACAGAGCUUAAGGAAGUCGACAAACAUGAUUCAGAUAUGCAGCCUCCCAUAACGCAGGCUAGUCAUGUUCCGUUGCCUGCUGUGAGCUUGUCCAAGGACCCGACCUCAUCCUUUAUUGGAGGUACAGUGCUUAAGGAAGUUGGCAAACAUGAUUCAGAUAUUCAGCUUCCCAUGACACAGACUGUUCGUGUUCAGCUGCCUGCUAUGAGCUUAUCCGAGGAUCCGAAAUCAUCAUUUAUCAGAGGAACAGAGCUUAAAGAAGUUGACAAACAUGAUUCAGAUAUACCGCUUCCCAUGGCACAUGCUAGUCAUGUUCCACUGCCUACCGUGAGCUUACCCGAGGACACGAAAUCGUCAUCUAUUGGAGGAACCGAGCUUAAGGAAGUUGACAAACACGAUUCAGAUAUGCAGCCUCCCAUAACACCGGCUAUUCAUGUUCCGCUGCCUGCUGUGAGCUUGUCCGAGGACCCGAAAUCAUCAUUUACUGGAGGUACAGAGCUUAAGGAAGUUGGCAAACAUGAUUCAGAUAUGCAGCUUCCCAUGACGCAGACUGUUCGUGUUCAGCUGCCUGCUCUGAGCUUGUCCAAGGACCCCGACUCGGCAUUUGUUGGAAGAACAGAGCUUAAGAAGGUUGGACAACUUGAUUAUAGCCACGUUGGAUUUCCUCAGGAAAGUAUCCUGCUCUCAGCAAGCAAACCUUCACACCCAAGCGGUUUGCCAGUUAUGAAGUUUGAUGACGAGGUGGGUUCACGGUCUAAGAAGCGGAAAAGGUCAACAGCAGAUGUUUUAGCAUCGCAUGCACAAGCCAUGUUCGAGGGUGGGAGACUGCAAUGUAGAAGGACACCUGAGUUGGCUUGGGCCGAUUCCACAUUGACUGAGAAGGUUGACGGUGAAAAAGCAAUGACGGAAAAUAGCACCUUCGUUUCUCGAGCUCGGAGAAGACUUACUUUAACGACCAGCUUGAUUCAGUGUCUCCUUCCUGCUCUGUCAGCGAGACUUCUUGCAGCAAAAGUUGCUGAUUGCGGUGAAGCCAUUGUGUACCACAUUUGUAAACUGAUGCUCAGUGAUAUAUCUGACCCAGUUCAACCUUUUGCCAGCGACACCAAUAACUUCAUGCAAAGUGAAAACAUGCCACCGAACGAGACAAGCACCUCCGGAAAGGAGGAGGACUGUAAACUCUUAUCUGAGGUUCUGGAAACCUUCGAUGCGAGGCUUGACGGGCUACAAGGCUCCUUGUCAAGAGUCGAGAAGUUGCCCAGCUUCCAGGACUACGCGUCGGCGCUACACCAAAUCGAGCAGUGGGCCAUGACCCAUCAGUUCAUAAAGCUGAACGAAUACAAGAGACUGCACGCCGGCUACGGCUCUGGUCCUAAAAGGCCUCUCUGCGUCGGAGCCAUCCGGAAGCAUGCCGGAGGUUCUUCCGCUCCGGUCUCAGAGCUGAAAAGGGUCCGGUGUCGCUCACUGAAGUAGCCGCCCGCUCGCUCGCUGGCUCGCCCCUAAGUAAAAAAGUAGAGUUGCUCGGUCGGUGACUUGAGGAGUAAUGUGUGGUCAUACUGAUGCGGUAGUGAGGAGUUAGGAGGGUGUUACGUAGGAGUUUAACUUCGUGUGAAGUAGCGUAUUUUGGGAUGGGGUGCAGGGACGGAACGUGUUGUGUCGAUGCCCUUUUGCACACAGGGCAAGAAUGUGCUUUGGAACUGAGACAGUGUCCGGGACCCUGUGCACCGCCUUCUCCGGCGGUGCCAGAUGACGCGCCGAUGGCUGUCGUCGCCGGGGAAAACGGCCCGGCUGUGGCGGGGUUUCCGUGGGUUGAGCUAGUGUGAGUGUUGGAUGGGCGGGGUGUCGAGGGAGGAAGAGGCCUUCCCAGCUGCUGCUGCUCCCUGUUGUUGCGUUGUAAUCACACUGACUUGACAAGAAAAGGUGAUGGGCUUCCAACUGCACGUCAGCAUUAACGCAAGUUCUUGCUCUGUA